CAAUAAUUUGAGGUAAACACGCGAAACAUGUUAUCAUUCUGUUAUUUUAAAUAUUUAGGUUCUUUAAUAAAUGUCUAGUAUAUUAUUAUUUUAUUUAUUCUUAUUAAUUUAAUGAACACUAUGAAAGUGCCAUAUGGAUAUUGUGACUUACGUGUUGAGCGAGUUAACGAUGGUAUUAUCAACACUUUCAUUGAAUAUGGGUACACUUUUAUUGCAGUAAAUACUACAGUAAAUUGUUCAAUACUAGGUGUUGGAAAUUCUAAUAGAAAAAAAAGGAAAAUUGCAGAAUGUAAUGGUGAAAACAAUGAAGAAAAUGACUGGAUACCAACUCCUAAGUUAAUAAAUUAUGACGAUUCGAAAUUGACUAUAGUUAAUCGAUUGACAGUACAAAUAUCAAAUAUUGGACAACUGCAUAGAAUUUUCAAUUCCCAAAAUUUUAAAUUGUAUAAUAUUUUUGCAGUAGAACCAUUGAAUGAUCAAGUUUUUCAAGACAUAUUGACCUCAUCAUCUAUUGAUAUAAUAACUUGUAAUAUAAAAACAUCUGUAACUCCAAAGCAGUAUACAAUUGCAAUUGAAAAAAACAUUUAUUUUGAAGUAUCUUACGCGCCAAUGUUAGUAAAUUAUGUUGCUCGUCAAGAUACUUUAAGUUUGGCUCAUCUUUUGCAUAUAAAAGGAAAAUCAAAAAAUGUAAUUGUUUCGAGCGGAGCAGUUAAUAAAUUAGACAUACGUAAUCCUCAUGAUGUGAUGAAUUUAGGUAUUUUACUAGGUCUUUCAAAGAAACAGUCAAAAGAAUCAAUCACACGAGGAUGUUAUUCAAUUAUAUUACAGAGCUAUGGGAAAAAAAUAGGAAAGUCAACAAUUAAUAUAGUACCAAGAACAGCCAAUUCAUAAUAUUGUAAAUAAUUUUUAAAAAUUAUAUAUAUUUAAUGAUUUGUUUUUAUUUUUAAUGGAAAAAGAAUAUUGUUAGAUAGAUAUUUUUUUAACAAUGCAGAAUAAGCUUUCAAAAAAAGGGUUUUAAUAUAGUACAAAAUUGUAACUAUUUAUGAAUUUUUUAAUAUAAUAAACUAAAAGACAAUAAGUAUAAGUGAUUUUUUAAGUAUAUAUAAAUUGUAUAGUAAAAUUAGCUUAACCCUAUUAUUAUGCAUUUGGGCAUACAAUUACUAAUUAAUGGUGUUGUCUUUUAAUCAUAAAUGAAUUAAAUUAGUUAUAUUGCAUAUCGUUUGAGAUAAUUAGAUUUUUAUUCAAUUGUUCAACUUGUGACCGAUCCAACAAUCACUUUACUCCUACUGGCUACCACCAAGUAUAUUAUAAUAAAAAAAUAAUAUAGUGAAAUAAAUAUUUUAGUUUUAUUAUAUUUCUGUAUUAUGGCCAUAAUAUUGAAUAUCACCUUCAAAUUAAUAUUGUUAUACAAUGUAUAUUUAAUAUAUUCAUAGUAUAUUCAUAUUUAAUUUAUUUAUUAUUAAAUUACAAUUAUUAUUUA